UUAAAAUAAAUAAAUAAAAGGAUAAUGCAUUAAAAAGCUUAAAAGAAACAUUAAAACCAAUCAAGAGGGCGAGUAGGGAUGAAGAGGUACAGAGGGGGCAAGGUCAUUUAAAACCAAAAUAAGAAUUUUAAAAUUAACUCUAAAAUACACUGGGAGCCAAUGGAGUGAGGCCAGAAUAGGGGUAAUAUCUUCUGUUUUUUUUUUUUUUUUUUUUGAGUACCUAUUAAAAGACCCGCCCCAGCGUUUUGAACCAGCGGUAGACGAGAAAGCAAAGACUGAUUCACUCCAACAUAGAGUUCAUUACAGUAAUCCAGGCGGGGUGAUAUAAAAGCAUGGAUCACUGUUUCAAGGAGCUGUCUUGACAGAAAAAAAAUAGUUUUGCCAGCUGCCUUAAGUGAUAAAAACAUGAUCUAACAACCACACUGAUCCGACCAUCUAAUUUAAAAUCACUGUAUAAUUUAAAACCCAAAUCAGUGACACUUAGUUUAAAGGUUGGAGGUUACUGCUGGAGAAGUUUGAUCAAAGUAAUAAAUCUAGCAGUUUUCUUGCAAAUCAUUGGAAAAUGAGUAAAGAAAAUGUAUUUCUUUCAUUAUUAACUGACAACAAUGUGUAAGGCAAGGCAAGUUUAUUUGAAAAGCACAUUUCAGUAACAAGAUAAUUCAAAGUGCUGUACAUGAACAGAAGGUAAGAACAGAGAACAUUAAAGAGCGAAGCACAUUGCAGUGGAAUAGCAGCAGGUCAAGAUGUAAGACAAAUUGGACUACAAACUGAAACACAAACUUUUUAAGGCAACUCUAAUCAAAAAGGUUCUUAACCUUGAUUUAAAGGAACUCAGGGUUUAAGCACGUUUACAGUCUUCUGGGAGUUUGUUCCAGAUAAGUUGAGCAAAAGAACUAAAUGCUGUUUCUCCGUGUUUGGUUCUGAUUCUGGGGAUAAAGAUGUAACGACUGGACACAGAGGACCCAGAAUUCAGCCAGACAAGAUCAGAUAGUGUUAAAAAAACAAAAACAGUUUGAGACAUAAACUGCUGCAGGUCGAGGGUGAAUCACUAGCUUCUGGGACAGGAACCACUUCUCACAAUCUGGAAACAUUAUUUAGUUGCUAAGCUAUUCAGGGAUUUAUAUACUAAUGGAAGUAUUUUAAAGUGUAUUCUCUUAGAUACAGGGAGCCAGUGUAAGGACUUCUGAACUGGGGUGCUAUACUCUUCUUUCUCAGUCUUAGUGAGGGCAGGGGCAGCAGCGUUCUUGUAACAACUGCAGCUGUCUGAUCGACUUUUUUGGCAGCUCUGAACACACCACAACAAAGAUUAAAGUCAACAUAUGCUGCAGCUUUGCAUCUUAGUUAAUAUUAACUGGAUGGUCACAGCUCUUUGCUCAGUUAUGGAUGAAUAAAGCCGUGUAGGAGGUGUCAGUGUGACUACUACGGGUUCUUCCGGCUUGUAUCAUUUUAGUUUAGGUCAUCUUUGAUCUUUGAUCUCAUAAGACAGGAAACAUAGCUGUACUUGAGCAAGUCACUAACCAAAGACUUUUGUUAAUUUUUUUACCCGUUACACACCAUUCGGUAAGCUAUGGAUUUAGGUGUGAGAAGUGAGAUUCUUCUGUCAUUUUACAUCAUCUCCUUCCUCUUUGGGCUUCCAGCGAAUUUGGUGGCUCUGUAUGCCUUUAGCAUCAAGAUCCACUGCAAGCCCCUCCCAACAGACAUCCUGCUGCUGAAUCUGACUGUUUCAGACCUGCUAUUCUUGAUCGUUCUUCCUCUCAAGAUGCACGAGGCAGCAUCAGAGAUGAAGUGGAAUUUGCCCAACUUCUUGUGCUCCAUCACCUCCUUUACCUUUUUCUCAACGAUCUACACCAGCUCCUUGUUGCUGAUGGCAGUCAGUGUGGUCCGCUACAUAGGUGUGGCCUUUCCUGUGACUUAUCAACAGCUGCGAAAAGCAUUGUACCCGAUCAUCAUCAGUGCUAUCAUUUGGCUGAUCUCAGCGGCACACUGCAGCAUUACCUUCAUUGUCCAGCAUCACCCAUCCCUGUCCAGCUCAAACUCGUCUGUUUGCUAUGAGAAUUUUACACAGAAGCAGCUGGAGAUCCUCCUCCCAGUGCGUUUGGAGUUUUUCAUUGUGCUCUGCCUUGUGCCUCUUCUAAUUUCCAUUUACUGCUACCUGCGCUUGAUUUUGAUCCUGUACAGCCGUCCCAGGAUAACCUGGAUGCAGAAGAGGAAGGCUAUUGGCAUGGCCUUGGGGACUCUUGCUGUGUUUCUCAUUUGUGUUCUCCCAUACAAUUUCUCUCAUUUAUUGGGUUUCUUUCAGGGCAAGAGCCCUGAAUGGAGGUACUACACUCUGCUUCUCAGCACACUGAACACCUGUAUUGAUCCCAUUAUAUUCUAUUUUUCCUCCUCAGUCUUCCACUGCGGUAGCAAGAAAUCUAUUUUCAGAAAGCGUGGUCUUAAUGAUGUAAAGAUGGAAAUGAAGGGAACAUGCUCGAACUGAAAUUGAAUGCGUUCAUUGAAUAUGUAGAUUCUUUUGACAGGUUUGCUUUUUAGUCCCUUUAUUCAGUUCUAAACUCUUUUUUUGUGGGAGGACCUCCUCUUUUUAUUCUUAGUUGUGCAAGCAUGAACUUUGGUCGAGAUUUUCAUAAGAAAACCACUUAACCUUGCCGUGUACGAUUUUAAACUUCAGAAUAUCAUUAGUCACUAGGAAACUGUCAGUUUUAAUCUUAUAGAUUGAUUAAAUAAGAGUUGGCAUUUUUUUUCUCUGCAUUAAAGCAGACUUUUUUGCACUAAUGGACUCUGUAGACAUACAGUAUGUAGAAUGUAGGUGUAGAUAACAACAAGCAUGAACAAUAAAACAUAAAUUAAUGUAUAAUUUGCACAGAGACCUAGAACAAGAUAGAAAGAGACCAAAUUGAAAAUCCAAACAGAACAAUGAAACUAUUUUUCAAACUUUUAUACAUGGUUGGAUGUGAAACUAGAUUGAUGUAUGAUUAGUUAUGAUAUGCAAAUGUUUUUUUUUCUAUCAACACAAAAUGAAAUAAAUACCAACUCAUAGCAGCUGCAACUGUGAGAUAUUUUCUGAUUAAAAAUGUCAUGCCUGAGUACUGAGUAUCCCCCUGUAUUAUGUAGUAUUCUAAUUAAAAAAAAAACCUCAGCAUUUUCUAUGUGAUAAACAACCUGUGAAGAGUGUUGUGGCUGUUGCAGCCGAGACGAGUAUGUUGAACAAAGAGAAAUUACAGUCACUAAAACAGUUGCCCUGUAAGUUUACAGUCAUAAAAGGACAUUGGUAACAAAGGGAGCUGCUUUGGAGGGUGCUGAAGGUCACUUCAUUUGGAUAUUACCUGGGAACAUCAGGCAGGGUUACAUAAUCAUGAUGUAAUGAUGUUACACUCCAGCAGACUCGAGCAAAGAAAAUAAGACUCAUUUUAGUUUUCUAUGUAGUUCUUGAACUUGUGUGCUUCAGUGCAGAUGGAGCGACAUGGUAGCAUUAAUAAAUGCUUUCUCAAACAGCCUGUUGAAAAAAAUAUGCACGUUAAAAAUCACAAGAAUAAACAAAAGUAAUAAAACUAGGAUUUUGAGGUUUAUGGUUUUUGUUUGGUUUAACACUGUUUAUUCCAUGGCUCAAGUAGCUCUAACUAAAAAGUCAUAUACAAGAAUCAAAAAAUAUUCAGGGAGAAACCUGAUUUGAGACUAAUAGGAAUAUAUAGUGAAGAAUUAUUGCCAAAGGAAACAACGACCACAGCUGAGUUUGUUAGAUCAGGAUCCUCUGAUGCUUAUUACCCAAACAACACGCACACUCAUGGAUCAGAGGAAAGGUUAACACUCAAUGCUGCAUAAUUACUGACAGAUGAAACAUAAACUGAGUGGAAGCAUGUAGGCAGCAGGAGGAUAGAGGCAGCUGAGGGAGGCUGGGUGUGAGGAAAUACUAAGUAAUCUAGUUUCCUUCCUCUGUCUUUCAUUUGAUAAGUAAAAAUUCCAUAUGUAGAAUGUGCGAGACUAAGUCGAGAAAAGACACUAAUUCAGGGCACAAAUUCAAAGCUAAUGUGUGUUCCCUCCUACUAAGGGUUUUUUUACAAUAAAACUGUUGACUAAUAAAAAUACACAAGCUGUAUUUUUAUUAGUCAACAGUUCCCUGGCAUUAAACAGGGGAUAGUUUUCUCACAUUUGACGUAAUAUAUCCUGUUCACAUUAACAUGCAAGCAACUUCUUCUGGGUGGAUUCAUUUUAGGUAUGCAUUAAGAAUGUACUUGUAAAACAGCAAAAGUUAACUGUAUUGAUUAACCUAUGAGAUAACUUAUACAAACAGAAAAAUAGAAAUGUGCAUUUUCACAGAUGCCAAGUGACUGGUUUGGUGUAAUAUUAAUAUAUUAUUUUUCUUAAUACACACUUAAGAAAUGACCAUAUUAAUAUGGCAUUUUAUACCUUUUGAUAAUGAAAAAAAGUACCCUUAUUUUGUGCCCACUGACUAAUUUCAAAAUAAUUGGAGGAGUAAUACAAUGUAAUUCAUAUAGAAAUAUGGUGCAGAUCGUGAACACCAUCCAUGGAGACUUUCCCCGUUAUUGCUGUGGGGCCCUGCAGAUGCACAUCAAGUAUGUUCCAAUACCUUUUAAUGAUUUAAUUGAAUACCAGGUACAGAAUUAUAACAAAAAAAUAAACUGGAAUUCAUAGACAUUGAUUUUGUGAAAAUACAAUCUGAUUUUUAAGUAAUUUGGUUCCACCAUGAUCCAAAGGAAAUCUUCUGACAUUCCAUUUCCAAUGUCCAAAGAGACAGCCCCCUUCAAGCCUAAGAGCAUUUUUUUUUUUUUUAGCAGAGGAAAACUCAGUUUGAGCAGAAAUCUGACAAUCGGCAAAGCCAAGUACUGUGCUGGCGGGGAACCACAUGAAAAGCUCCUUAAAGGCUUUACAGCCCAUGUGUGACCAAGUUGACACAUUUCUUCUCAUUCUAUUGUUGCAGAGGAGAGAGAAGAAACUGCAAUAAAAGGGAAAGCGAAAUAUUCUAACAGCUUGCAUCACCGAGGCCUUGAAUGCACUGGAGCAUAGUCUUGAGUUUUAUUGUUUAGACUGGCAAUUUAGAUCAUGUUAUCAAGCUGAUUGUAUAGUUCAGGAUAAAUACAAGUCUGUGUCACCUGUGUGUGUCUCCAGCCUAUAUAUAAUUUUAUUUAAAAUAAUGUAAGAGCUAAAAAACAAUAACUGGCUGAAAUGCAUAUUUGCUACUGCAGCAGAGAAGCAUUGAAUGGUUCUUUACUUAAUGCGGUGAAAUCUUUCAGAAUGCAUCUCCAAAAGCAAUUUCUCUAAUUUCAUACAUUCCAAUUUAAACCAAACUAA